CAUCGACCUCCUCAUUUCCGCAUUCCAGAAUCCUCCCAGAUGGGGAUCACGUUUAGAGUCGGGCUGAUGCAACGGUUUCCACUUUAUAAAAUCUACACUCGACCCACGGCCGAGCAGAAGAAAGGACUUUUGUUCCAGCUGGGCUCCAAGUCAGCUGUGGUCACGGCCGACUGUGACAUUAUGCCAGGGCAAAUUCCGGAUCCCUCGGUGACAGCGGGUUCCCUGCCCAGUCUAGGUCCGCUGGCUGGCAUCUCGGCCACUCUGCUGACUGACACGCUGAAGUUUGGCGGGCUCCGUGAGUUCAAGACGAUGCUGUCGCCCCUGCACUUCAUGAGCAGCCUGGGAAAGAGGCCUCUUGUCAUCAAAACAGAGCGAGAUGAAGAGGACGAUAGAAGGAAACGAAGGCGAGAGAAAAACAAGGUGGCUGCUGCACGCUGUCGAAACAAGAAGAAAGAGAGGACGGAUUAUCUACAAAAGGAGUCGGAAAGGUUAGAGAUGUUAAACUCGGACCUGAAAGCCCAGAUCGAGGAGCUGAAGCUCGAACGCCAGCAGCUGAUCCACAUGCUUAACCGCCAUCGUCCCACGUGCAUCGUCCGGACAGACAGUGUCCAGACGCCCGAGAGCGAGGUGAACCCGCUGCUGCGGCAGCUGGAGGCCGAGUGAAGUUGCGCUGAUGUCCUGCACUAACACAAGACAACUAGAAGCACUUGGCUUUGAGCCGUAAGACGGUGGAAAAGCAGGUGAGCCCUCAGGAUAUGUUCCACCACAAGAUGUGGAUUGGACACUGUUGUGGCACUUAAAGCAUACUCUCUCCUCUAACUUUGAUGUUUCACCGUCAAACAAAUACAAAAACCAAGUUUUAUAAGUUAUAGCUGAGAAACAUUUUGGAAUCGUCAAAGAUACUCCCACAGAAAUGGCUUGUGAAGUUGUGCAUGCUGCGAGUUACCACCACCAAGCCGCGAUACCAAAGAAAGAAAAGACAAAGUUGAGCAAAUCACAGCACUCCACGGAUAGCAAUUAAUGAUGUCCCCCUAGUGGUUGUGAGCGGCAUAGGCGAUGACAUUUAUGUCUGAUUAGACAUUUCUGUUGCAUUCCAGACUGCUGGGAAGUGGGACAUUACCCCAGGCAGAGCUUACAAAGUGCAAAAACAUGCGCAUGACCUCAAUAAGUUGAUCAUUUAGGUGACAUAUAUUAUGCACCCCCCCCCCCCCCCCCCCCCCUCCCUCAAUUUCAACAUGUCUGUGACAUGCAUUUGUCGAUCAAGAUUUAUUUACACGCCGUAUUUUUGGUCUUGCCGAAAUUAGCCUGAUUUGAGGGGAGGGCCCUGUCUCAUGCAAGUGAGCCAGCCUUCAUCCAGUUCCAUAUACUGCUGGGCCAAUGGCGAGCCCCUCUUUGUCUUACCAUGACGACUAGGUGUGGCUGCACUUUAAAGCGAUUGCAAACUCCCAAGCCACCAAAGACAGCAUAGAUUGUAUUUUCCCACGUGGAGUCGUCGCUUCAAGACCAGGCCGCCGAAUUACACUUGUCAUGAAUGUGUAGAUCCACAUUUCCAAACCCAAAUCCCCUAACACCACCGCGUCUGCAACUUCACCCAGCGAUCAAUUAUGUGCCGCUUAUCAGAAGCUAACGGUGUUAGGUAACGUUAAGCUGUGGAUCCUACAAAUCUCAAUGCAGAUCUGCUUACCCUUUAGUGUUUCAGAGACGGCGUAGUCUGGGAGCCGCUUGAAAGUGUCUCUGAAACUUUGCCGUUAGCUAAAUUCAAAAGGAACAUGCCAGGGCAUCAUUUCCGCAUCAUUGCUUCUCUCCAUGAUCUUUUUGCAGGAAGGAAAAACUCCAGCAUUACAGAACUCAAGGAAGCUGCAAUCCCGGUACACGAACAUUAUGUAGGCAACAAAUCAUAUUUUCUGUUGUUAUAUUAUCAUUAUUAUUAUAUCAUUGAGACAAAUAAGGUGGAACGUUGAUGAAGAUGUUCUUCCUGGGCUUGCGUGGGUUUUCUCCGGGUUCUCCGGCUUCCUCCCACGUUCCAAAAAGACGCACGUUAUGUUCAUUGAAGAAUCCAAAUUGGUGUGAAUGAUUGUUAAUCUGUUAAUGUUUGCUGUGAUUUACUGGUGACCAAUCUUGGCUGUACCUCUGCCUCUUUCCCAAAGAAAAUUUGAUGAUAUGAAAUUAUUAUGAAAAAUCGAUAACCGAAUGAAUAUAUAUAUAUAUAUAUAUAUAUAUAUAUAUAUACACUGUCUUACAUUUAGUGGCUUAUUUUAUCUGUCAUUUUUCACAUAUUUUGGCGCAGGCGUCAUGUAUUCAUGUAUUUUUUACAUAUCAAAUAUACAGUACGUAUGGACUGUUAAUAUUGUACCUUAUUUAGACGAUGGUUGUUACAAAAAAAUGGUAUCAUUUUGUACUUUUUUAUGAAGUUAUGUAAGCAAAAUGCAAUUUGUAUCACUCAAGAAAUAUGUGUAGUUCCGUUUUUCACUGGCAUUUGAUGAGUUUGGUGAAUGUUGUGCUUCUUUUGGUCAACACUUCCAUCUCGUGGUUGAAUAGAGGAAGACCAGUUUUUGCCCCAAACAAUUCUUACUCUUAAGAAUAAAAUGACUGAUAUUGUUACAAAUACGUUCAAAAGAGUGUCAAGGCUGUCAUCGUGUCAUUUAAUUGUUUUGUUUUUUUUUUACUGCUGACAACACAGACAAGAAUGUAAUGGUAUUAACGCUCUAAAUUAUAAUUCUGGUUUUGCUUAUUAAUCAGGGGUGUGCAAACGUUUGUGCCCAAGGGGCAAAUUUACAAAAAAACAAAAAAACAAAACUGACCAGAGAGCCAGGUCUUUUGGAAAGGAGGUUAAAACGAAGAGCUAAAAGUUUUUUUUGUUUUUUUUUUAAAUAAAUGAUUUCUUCUGUUUUAAGUUGAUUGCAAUGAGUGUAAUUGUAAUGAACCCCUUUUUUUAAAAAAAUAUUUGUGUUCUUUUUUUAAAAUAUAAAGUUCCUAAAAGAAAAUGUAUGUGCGGACCACAGUGUGCUAAAAUUCUAUCUACAAUAAAGAAAUGAACAUGUGAAACCA